CUAACCGAGAGUACAGUUUACAAAUCCGUGGCACGGUUUAUAAACUGAGAGUACGGAUUACUGAACUGCGGGGACAGAUUUUCCUCCUCACAAUUUUUUUUUCUCGUUAGUGACCUCUACGGGUCAUACUAAAAGGCGCUACUGGAAAAACAGUAUCUGUCUCUGCUUUAGUCAGAUCAUCCCCUCCACAACACUAGAUGGCGAUAUAAACUCAACUGAACGGUCGAUGAGUCGAAUGCUCACCGAGAAAUACUUGGAAACGGGAAGCUGCUGUAAAAUGAUGUGCUUUAUAGAGAUUACAGAGCCUAAAUCACUGAUAAGUGAUUAAAAAAAUUCUGUGAUUUUCCGCUCUUAAAGAAACACUGUUCGACGUGGCUGACGUUUUCCUGCAAGACUAACUGACACUGAAACGGUGUUAAACGACUGUAAAUCAGAGGUUUGACUGGAAUAAACCUCCAUGUUUUCCCUGUGCUGGUAAAGUGAAAGGUGAGGACCUUAAAGCAAAAGUGCAGCCUGAAGCAAAUAUGAAAUCCACACGUUAGUUGUAGAAAGUUAUGGUAUUGCCUGCUGUAAGGGGCCUGAUGUUAAGUGACCAAAGACAAAAACACACCAGUCCAUUGGGCAAAUGAAAUGAGAAAUAUCCAGCCCUUGAAUAUGUUAUUUGCCACCUCACCAAACCUGGAUAAUGAAAACGUGGAAUCUGAAAAUUACUGCAUAUUGACAUUGCAAACACAUUUCACAGCAUCUGUCCUCCCUGUUCGAAUUAAAAAGGAGUCUGAUCCAAGUCACUCAGAGUCUUUCCCUUGUCUUCAAUUUGAGGAGAAGUUUAAGGAAGAGUCUUUUAAGUUUGGCGUACUGAUAGAUGAAAAAGAAAGACUUGUGGACCGAACCUUAGUCAUCAGAAUGGCUCAGCAGUGUGAAGAUGACCUACCAGCAGGCCUAAUUCCUCCAGUUGAAAUAGAUGAUGAGGAGUGUGAUAUAGCAUGGACUGAGAAGUCAAGCAAAUGUCUGGACAAACCUUUCAAGAAAAAAGUAAAGCCUGGUGCAUCAGAGACAAGAAAGAGAUACAAAGCCAAACCGAGGAAGGCACAAAAACAUAAGAGCCGUUACUGUGGCAAAGCGAGUGAUGGCAGAACAACACUGAAAAUGCAAACAAAGAAGCAUGGAGAACCAUUCAGAUGUGAAACUUGUGGGAAAGAUUUUAAGCGCUCGGACCUUCUCACAGACCAUGUGAAAGUGCACAAGCGAAAGAGACCGUACCCUUGUGAUGAGUGUGGAAUGAUGUUUGCCAAACCUGCUUAUCUAAAGAUUCACCUGCGCAGACAUGCUGGAGAGAGGGCAUUCACUUGUGACCAGUGUGAGAAGAGGUUUUUUGAUAAGUAUGACUUAAACGUGCAUCUACGAGAUCACACAGGAGAGAGACCAUAUGUGUGUCCAGAGUGUGGAAAGGGCUUCAAGCGAAUUUAUAUACUAAACAAGCACAAGAGAACUCAUUCAAAAGAAAAACCUUUUCAGUGUAAUGUCUGUGGAAAGGCCUACAGAUAUGUUUAUAGUUAUAGGUUGCACAUGAAAGACCAUUCUGCCUAGAUUUCAUGUGAUUAUACAGCUGCUUGUAAACAGAUGACUAUAAGAUGCAAUGAAUUAAUCUCCACAGAAAUCUCUGAAAAAUCUCUCGGAUGCAUAAUUUUGAUAUUUUCUAUUUAUUUUGGACAUUGAAGUUAUUGCUCUUGGCCUGUAUAUAACCUGACCCAGAAUGCCAUCUGUCUUUAUUUAGCAAAAAUAUAAACAGCUGCUGUAAUGCUUAGCUAACUGUAUUAACUUUUGAUUUCUAAAGAUGUGUGACUUUAAAACUGUAUGUGAUUUCUUGUGUAGAGUGCUGAAAUCUAAUUACUCUUGUAAUAUAUGGUCCGUAUACAUCAUGCACAUAAUGAUGAAGUGUAGCAGAGUGAAAUAAAUGGCUGACUGACAAUA